GGAAAAUUUUGUCCCGAGACGAGACACAGAGAGAUAGAAAAGCGAAUGAAUAAAUGACAUUCUUGAUUUCGUUUUCGAUUGCAGUAAAUCUGAAGUUAGUCGUAAACAAAUAGUAUCGGCUGUUGAACAAGAUCAAGAUUCUCCUGACUCUACAACUAUCUUCUACUACUACUAAGUGGAAGAUCAUGUAAAUAUAUUUAUCAUUAAUAACCAAAGAGUCACCUAAUAUUAGAAUGGUCCUCGUGUAGUUCAUCGUUCACACAACGUCUUGUUCAAGAUGACGAGGUUCAAUGCUGCGCGAUUCGCGCAAUGUCGUAAUGCCCAGUACUGCCCAUGGUCACAGAUGAUGAACCAGCAGUUUCGCGGUAUAGUCACAUGAUAGAUUCACUUUGGCAGCAACUACGUUUUAGUAUUUGUUCUUGUAUGUCAUUGUUAUGAAAAUUUCACUUUCAGUUAGCAUCACCUCCAUGAGGGUGAGUAUACAGUUGCAGAGGCAGAGGAAGGAGGUGUUUGCUUCAUCGAGUAUUAUCAUGAUUUAUGAUUAUGGCCAGCGCCAGUACUGCUAGUACUACUGGCGAGCACAACUUACAUUUCACAACUUACAUUCACUAUAGAGUAAGGUAAAUAACGGGUUUCGGGUUGCUCGAGUUGCAGCGGGUUGCUCGGGUUGCCGAAGCGCAGGGGCUCCAAAUCUGGAACGGGUUGCCACGGGUUGCCAGGAGAAUCCUGACCCAGAAAAAUGGGGCGAAGCCGGGCGGUAUUGCGGAGCAUUUGCGCGCUCGAAGUGAAGAAAUGAAGAAGAGUGCAGCUGCUGUCUUUUGUUGGGGCCCAUAGGAGGGGCAGUCGCGUGUGAAGGGCUCUGCAGCCUUUCAGGCUCAUUUUUUGUAGCGUGCGGGCGCGUGUUUGAAGCGAAAACAAGGAGCGGAGGCCCCUGCUCUCUGUUGUUUUUUUUGAGGUGAGUGCCGCCGUGGUGUGUCGUCUUCGAGUCGUUGGCGAUCUCUCCCUUUUUCCUUCGGGUGCGAGCGUGGCCAAUCUGCUGGGGGGCUGAGAGCGCGUCUCCGUCUGCUGCCAUCAGCGUGCGGGCGACGUGUCCAGUCUUGUUGGGUAUAGCAGUAAGUAUACUGGAGGGGGUUGCUAAAUUGAAAUGGAUUGACGCGCUAGAUAUUUAUUCUUAUAUGAGCGCAUCGCCAUCAGUAUGCAACUAGAAAGAACUACGUAGACGUCGUAAGUAGAUAGGGCGUCGCCGCUAGAUAUCUUACCCAUCUAGCUAGAUAUCACACUACUCGGCUGAGAGUAACAGUAGGCGCUGGGGCCUUAGGGGCGCACUAAAAAGAAGAUCAAGGAUCAGAGACGCGGCGCGCGGUGUCGUGCGCUCCUGUUAAGGUCUCUCGCAGGGUCAUAAAUCUGCGCCCGAAGGGGGCGCCGCGCAAAAAAUUUGGCCUGGCAACUCGAGCAACCCGAGCAACCCGGCCCGAUAUGGGUCCAAAAUAGCCUAACUCUACAAUGGCAAUAGAUAGAUUUUUUGAGAGCAUCAAAGGGCAACGGCGAUCAUCAUCAUGUCCUUAGUAAGACUAACAUCAUACCAGGUGUGUACGCUGGUGCAGCUGCCGUGGGUGCGUUUGGGCGAGCUGCGGUUACGGUGAUGGGAGAAGCACCCGCUCAGACGGGCUUUGCAGAGCAAGUCGCUGGCCAAAGUUCGGGAAUCGCAGAGGCCAUAAACUUUCUGAAUGCCAGCAAAGGGGCAGCAUCCGAUCUAUCAGAUGAGGUGAUGAGCAUGAUCUUGAUGGAUAAUACUUUGUCCUCUGGUAGUUCCUCUAGUCCUCGUGGUAGUGUGCUAAUUUAUAUGCUCACGGAUAUCUUCGAAACCGUCAUCUGCUCCAACAUGUCGCUAACCAUAAUAGCCGGGGAGAGAACUUUGCACAACAGCGUCGCCUGCUGCAUCAAAUACUGCACUAGUACUUGUAUCAAGAAGAACAAGGAGGAAAAAAAGUACUAGGUAGUACUUACCUAAUUGAUAGAACUGAUUACCUUGGGAGGUAGCAGCCAGUACUAGGAUAGAAGAAGUGAAAUACUAGGUAGUAACAUGAUAGAAGGGAAGAUUACAAUUACCUUGAUCUUCUUCCAUGAGAAUGUUUUCUUUCCGUGUUCCUACUCUAAAUCUACAGCCCAAAAGGUAAUUCCUACUCCGCAAUCUACUUCUUGCUUUUUAUUCUAAUUAUAUUUUUUCAAGCACCAGGUAGCAGAGGCGCUGCAGUUGCUGCAAGGGAACUUACAUCUUUCAGGGGGCCUCGAUUUUAUUAAGGUCACUAACAAUAAUUCAUCUCCAGGAGAUAUUUUCUCUCCACAGUUCAUUUUUUCUCUGUCUUCUCCUUGUUGUAGAAAUACUCAGACUCUUCAGAGAAUAGAAUGAACCUAGAUCAUGAAGAAAAUGAAAGUGAAUUAUCGACCACGUCGGCUCUAAUUUUUGCAGUGCCUUGGAAUCCGGAAUAGUUACGUGGAAUAGCAAUUGCGUAGCAAUUUUAAUGGUAAGAGAUUUACGUAGACUCAACCCAUCUUCUCUUCCAGCAUCUUUUAGCCGUUUUUAUUAUCAUUUGCAGGUAUAGUUUCGAUUUCGAAGACUUGAAAAUACUAAUUACUACCUAGUGCUACAACUUCGGUCGUCGAACUAGUUUCAACAAUUAGAGGACUUCGAAUGAUCUAAUACUAUAAUUAUCUAUAUUAUAAGCCAAGCCUUAUUUUGAAUGCUAAACAGGAGUGGGCUUACGGCUUGAGAUGUACGCAAAUCAUGGCAAAGAUGUACGGGCGAGAUGUAUACGUCUGAGAUAUAUAUCUCGAGAUAUAUAUCUUAUACGUAAAUCACGGGAGAGAUGUUCUCUUGAGAUGUACUUACACCGGGGCGAUUCAUAGUAGGUUUCCAAAAUUCCACUUUUUUGAGAUGUACGGAAAUCAUGGGAAAGAUGUACGGGCUAGAUGUAUACAUCUCGCGCCGUAAAAGUGCCGCGCUUUUGAGUACAACUUUCCCGCGGUUCUGCUCCUGCUAAGGCUUUCGGCAGUACCUCAAAACCCUGAACCAACAGCACAAGCCAAGGACUGCGCUGCAUGGACAAAAAUAAACGAAGAGCGAAGCGCCUCAGCCUGGGGCCAGUCAUCUCAUGAAGAAGAUCUGCUGCGUCUGCGUAUGUGCUACAAAAAGGACCCACAUGCAAACAAAGAAACGCAAACAGACGCAAGCACCCAGCAGCUAUACGCUGAGCAAGUUAGCACCUGCGUGCUUUUUGGAUCAGGCGCCUGAGCUGGCUCAAAGGGUCAGACCUUUCAAGCAGGUCAAAAGUAGACAGCGACUUCAUAAAGCUGCGCGCUUUGGAUAAGGAUCUCGAGCUGACUCAAAGGAUGGGGCCGCUCCAGCACGUCAAAAGUAGGCAGCAACUUCAUAAAGCUGCGCCUUUUGAAUAAGAAGUCUGAGCUGGCUCAAACUAAAAGGCUGGGACCGUUUAAGCACCUCGAAAGCGGGCAGCAAUCCCAUAAGUUUGCGCUUUUAGGAUAAGGAGUCUGAGCGGGCUCGGAGGACCUUUCAAGCAGAUCAAAAGUAGACAGCAAUCUCAUAAAGUUGCGCUUUUUGGAUAAGAGGUCUGAGCUGGCUCAAAGGGUGAGACCUUUCAAGCAGGUCACUCAAAAGUAGAAAGCAAUCUCAUAGAGUUGUGCUUUUUGGAUAAGGAGUCUGAGCGACGUCAAAGGGUGAGACCUUUCAAGCAGCUCAAAACAAAAGCAGACAGCAACGGCAUAGAGUUGCGCUCUUUGGAUAACAGGUCUGAGCUAAGUCAAAGGGCGACACCUUUCAAGCAGCUCAAAAGGGGGCAGCAACUUCAUAGCGUUGCGCUCUUUGGAUGAGGGGCCUGAGCUGGGUCAAAGGGUGGGACCUUUCAAGCAGGUCAAAAAUAGACAGGAAGCGCAUAAUUAAAGCCACGCGCUUUGCGUAAGAGGCUGGAGCAGAGUGAAAAGGUGGGGCCCUUCAUUCAAGCAGGCCAAAAGUAGACGACAGCAAUCGCAUAAAGCUGCGCGCUUCGGAUAGGAUGCUUGAGUGGCCUGAGCUGGGUCAAAAGGCGGGACCUUUCAAGCAGGUCAAAAGUGGGCAGCAAUUUCCUAGAGUUGCGCUCUUUGAGUAAGGCGCCUGACUUGACUGAGUGAAAGCGCGGGACCUUACGAGCAGGCCAAAAGUAGGCAGCAGCUUCAUGAAAUAGAUUGCGCGUCUUGAGCAAGGAGCUUGAGCAAAGAGUAAGAGAGGCAAAAGGCGGGACCUCUCAAGCAAGCCAAGCCAAAAGCAGACAGCAGCCCCAUGGCGUUGCGCUUUUUGGAUAGGAUGCCCGAGCUUGGUCAAAAGGUGGGACCUUUCAAGCAGGUCAAAAGUGGGCAGCAAUUCCAUAAAGCUGCGCGCCUUGAAUAACCAAGCUGGCCAGAUCUGGGCCAAAGAGCGAGACCUUUCCAGCAGGUCAAAAGUGGGCAGCAAUUUCAUAGAGUUGCGCCCUUUGAUUGUGGAAGACCUCUGAGUGAGCUGACUGAAAGGCUGGGACCUUUCAAGCAGGUCAAAAGUAGAGAGCAAUAUCAUACAGCUGCGCUUUUUGGGUGGGGGCAGGUUUGAGCAGAGUCAAAAGCCGAGACCUUUCAAGCAGGUCACUCAAAAUUAGGCAGCAACUUCAUAAAGCUGUGCCUUUUGGGUAGGGUGCCUGCGCAGCGCUGGGCCACUCAGAGGGUGAGACCUUCUCAGCAAGUCAAAAGGGCCAGCAGCUUCACAACGUUGCGCCGUUUGGGUGAGGGUCUUGAACUGAGCCAAAGGGUGGGACCUCUUAAGCAGCUCACAAGUACGCAGCAACUUCAUCGCGCUGCGCUUUUUGGAUCAGAAAAGAACGGGCGCAAAGGACAAGGCCUCUCGGGUAAGCCAUAAGGAACCAGCAAGCCCAUUGCAUAGGCUUGGGCUUGCUUUCUGAUCAGAAAGCUCAAGCGGCUCACAGAUUGCAUCGCCCAAGCACAUGAAAGCCGCACAGCGCAGGGCAGCUCGCUUGGCGUUGUUCUUGUUCACUUAGAUCAAGGCCUUGGGGUGACGCAUGCCCACACCUCUCGAGAAAGCCAGAAGCAGAUAGGGAAGCUAAGCGAUAGAGCGCAACUCGCCGUAAGCUUGGGAGGGUAAAUGUUGGCCCACAAAGAGCAAACGCGAAGCAGCUGAAACGUAGGCAGCAACGCGACACCAUAAAGCUGCGUGAUUUGGAUGGAAAACCCAAAACGGCGCAAAGAGUAAAACCCCGCAAACAAGCCGAGAGUAGAACGGGGCCGCCUCCUAGUUCUCUCCACGAAAAAGAUCCACGGUAGACGUUCUCAUGGUGAGCGGAGUCGGGCGUAGUGCUUCGCCCACUAUGCGGAGAACCGAAAGCGACAAGCCUGGGGCCCCCCUCGUGACACUGCCAUGCCAGCCGGAGACGCAACACACUCCAAGAGUAGGGGACCCACGCCCAAAACCCGGGCCAGGGGGCGNCAAGAGUAGGGGACCCACGCCCAAAACCCGGGCCAGGGGGCGCGCGAGGUUCUCACGGUGAGCGGAGUCGACUGCAGUGCUUCGCCCAGCCACUACGCUGAGAACCGAAAGCAGCAGGCCUGGAGUGAUCUGCUCAAGGAUUUGACUCUCGGCGUAUGUAUUUGGUUACCCGUUUGCCUCAUUCGUUCGAAGUAGUUCCUUUUGGGCGUUUCGGGUGCUGCCAGGGACGGUGGGGGUUUAUGUAGCACGUAGCAGCUUGUAGCGCGGCGCUGCUUUUCUUAUUCCAUAGCCCGCCACUCUUUACGUAAUUCGUAGCACGCCGGUAGGCCGUAUGGGUUUUAUGUAACUCGUAGCAUUUGCCAGACCCUUCCGCCUUGCCCCGGCGUGUGUACACGCCGGGGGCACGUGGGCGGUAAACAUAUUAAAAGAAUAAACUACUUACAUGUAGUUGAGUUGCUGACGAGGACUUCAAAAAGCUAAAAGAUGGCCUAGAAGCUGGGUUGUUCUUCUUCUUUCGGUGGCUCUAAUAUGGAGAUGCUUGCACCGUACACUUAAACGAGAACACGCAGAAUGAACUGAGCGUCAGGGUAAGAAAUGUGGCUCCGUAUCAGAAUUGAAAAAGACGCGGCAGAGCUGGUCAUUUUGGGCAUACGUUCUUUGCUCGGAAUUUCUGGUAAGGAACAAAUUGGGACGCGUGCUAUACAAAAUCAAGAACGGCGCAUCCGCGUGACCCCUCCAGCUCCAGGGCGUAAGACAAAGAUAACAUGAGUGGUGAUCGUGAAGACCAUUGAGAACAAGAACUCUUUUGGGAGUGAGAGUGUGUAGAUGAUUACACUUUGCGUCCCAUGUGCAACGCAAGUAUUGCCUUCAAUACUUCGAGUUCGACGACAAUUCUGAGGCUUGUCCUUGUGUCGUCCAAGACUCUUGUGACCGAGUUUCCUAGUUGCAUUUGCCCUAGUCGCAUUUGUAUAGAUACUGCCAUAAUUCUUACUUGCGUAUCGACCAUCUCCUGCUUCUCCCUGCUAGUACGUCAACUCUCCGUCCUCCUGCGAAAAGACCAUUAUAUUUUCCAUUAUCUUUUCCAGUCUUCUUUGAAAAAAAUGUAGCUUGUCCAACAAACAUUCGUAGCUUGAUAUUCAGGGAUUGGAUUGUUAGACUGAUCGCUUACAUUAUAGGAUACGAUAUGCCGAAUCUUGUAAGUUAGUAUCAAUCGUGGCGAAGCUGCAUCGGCGUGUUUCUUUCUGCCUUGAUAACGAGUUGAUCUGGUCGUGUCGUGGUAGUCGUCGCACGAGUGUUCGUCUGUUUCCAGAAAGGUUGUCCUUGUUGCUCAUGAGUUUGUUGACGAGGCAGAGACGAAAUAAUAUGUUUUGUUGUAGUACAACGAUCAACGAGUGGAGCGAGAGUGUUUUGUAGCAAGGUCAGACCAAACAGGACGGGUGAUGUACAUGUUAGGCACUCAUCUAAGUAGACGGUCGAGCAUCUUAGGAAAGGACUGACUAAUUGUUGAUGACGAGUGUCAUGCUGCUACUCAUGACGACUUCCCGGGGCUCAAGGAAGAUACGAGCAAGGGAGCAGGAAGCUUUGAAGUGGAGCGAAACACAAGCACACUUUGUGAGAAUAUAUUCAUACUGUGACUGCAUAAGUUGAAACCUAUACUUGCGGCCUUCUGACAACAAAGCCUGAAAAUUGGCGACAUGAGGUCAGCCUUGUGUUCGCGAUCGCUGAAAGUGCAAGACCGACACAUACUUAGGCACUCACUGAUCGAGCGACUUUUACACGUUUAUCCGGUCGAAUUGGAAUCGCUAACGAGAGUUCUCACAUUGGGCUCGAUUUGGUCGCUCGAAUGAUAAGG